AUAAACGACAACGAUGCGGUUCUCCCGCAUCCCACCGAUCUUCGCUAAUGUCGUCCGACAGACACAUUAUCGUAACUAUGCCAAUGGAGUUAUCAAACCAAGAGAAUUCAACAAGGUUAUGGUGGCCAAUCGUGGAGAAAUUGCAAUCCGUGUGUUCCGUGCCCUCACAGAAUUGAACAAAACUUCUGUUGCGAUUUACGCCGAGCAGGACAAAAACUCGAUGCAUCGUCUGAAAGCUGACGAAGCCUAUCUUGUAGGAAAAGGUCUUCCACCGGUUGCUGCUUAUCUGACUAUUGACCAGAUUAUAGAAACUGCCCUGAAGCACAACAUUGAUGCUAUUCAUCCCGGAUAUGGAUUUCUGUCAGAGCGAUCUGACUUUGCAGCUGCUUGUCAAAAUGCAGGAAUAGUGUUCAUUGGUCCUAGCCCCGACGUUAUGGCUCGAAUGGGAGACAAAGUUGCUGCUCGUCAAGCUGCCAUUGAAGCUGGUGUUCAAGUCGUUCCAGGAACUCCUGGACCAAUUACAACUGCUGAUGAAGCUGUCGAAUUUGCAAAGCAGUACGGUACACCAAUUAUUUUGAAGGCCGCUUAUGGAGGAGGUGGUCGUGGAAUUCGUCGUGUUGAUAAAUUGGAAGAAGUUGAAGAGGCAUUCCGUAGAUCCUACUCGGAAGCUCAAGCUGCGUUUGGAGACGGAAGUCUUUUCGUUGAAAAGUUUGUUGAGAGACCAAGACAUAUUGAAGUUCAGCUGCUUGGAGACCAUCAUGGAAAUAUUGUUCAUUUGUAUGAGCGUGAUUGUUCAGUGCAACGUCGUCAUCAAAAGGUUGUUGAAAUUGCUCCAGCGCCAGCUCUCCCAGAAGGUGUUCGUGAGAAAAUUUUGGCAGACGCUCUUCGACUUGCAAGACAUGUUGGAUACCAAAAUGCUGGUACAGUCGAAUUCCUGGUUGAUCAGAAGGGCAACUACUAUUUCAUCGAAGUGAAUGCACGUCUUCAAGUCGAGCAUACAGUAACUGAAGAGAUCACUGGUGUGGAUCUUGUCCAAGCUCAAAUUCGUAUCGCCGAAGGAAAAUCUCUGGAUGAUCUGAAGCUUUCACAGGAAACUAUUCAAACUACUGGCUCAGCUAUUCAAUGUCGUGUCACAACUGAAGAUCCAGCUAAAGGAUUCCAGCCAGAUUCCGGAAGAAUUGAAGUUUUCCGAUCCGGAGAGGGAAUGGGAAUUCGUCUUGAUUCAGCAUCUGCCUUCGCAGGAUCAGUCAUUUCACCUCACUACGAUUCUUUGAUGGUCAAAGUAAUUGCAUCGGCUAGAAAUCAUCCGAACGCUGCCGCAAAAAUGAUUCGUGCCCUCAAAAAGUUCCGUAUCCGAGGCGUAAAGACAAACAUCCCAUUUCUGCUCAACGUUCUUCGCCAGCCCAGCUUCCUUGAUGCAUCCGUCGAUACGUAUUUCAUUGAUGAGCAUCCAGAGUUGUUCCAAUUCAAACCAAGCCAAAACCGUGCUCAAAAGUUGUUGAACUAUUUGGGAGAAGUUAAGGUGAACGGUCCAACUACUCCUCUUGCUACUGACCUGAAACCAGCAGUUGUUUCUCCUCCGAUCCCAUACAUCCCAGCUGGAGCCAAACCGCCGACUGGACUUCGUGAUGUACUUGUUCAAAGAGGACCAACUGAGUUUGCAAAGGAAGUUCGCAGUAGACCAGGAUGUAUGAUCACUGAUACUACAUUCAGAGAUGCACAUCAAUCUCUUCUUGCAACACGAGUACGUACCUAUGAUAUGGCUGCUAUUUCACCUUUUGUUGCCCAAUCAUUCAAUGGUCUCUUCUCACUUGAAAACUGGGGAGGAGCUACUUUCGAUGUUUCCAUGCGCUUCCUCCACGAGUGUCCAUGGGAACGUCUUCAAACUCUUCGCAAACUGAUUCCAAAUAUUCCAUUCCAAUGUCUUCUGCGAGGUGCCAAUGCUAUGGGAUAUUCAAAUUAUCCUGAUAACGUUAUUUACAAGUUCUGCGAGUUGGCGGUGAAAAAUGGAAUGGAUGUGUUCCGUGUAUUUGAUUCACUGAACUAUCUUCCAAAUCUUCUCGUCGGAAUGGAAGCCGUUGGAAAGGCCGGUGGAGUUGUUGAAGCUGCUAUCGCAUACACUGGAGAUGUUACCGAUAAGUCUCGUGACAAAUACGACCUCAAAUACUAUUUGAACUUGGCUGAUCAACUUGUCAAAGCUCAAGCGCAUAUUCUUUCUAUCAAGGAUAUGGCUGGAGUUCUGAAACCGGAAGCUGCCAAGUUGUUGAUUGGCGCUCUCCGAGACAAGUUCCCAGAUAUUCCAAUUCACGUUCAUACCCACGAUACAUCUGGAGCUGGAGUUGCUGCUAUGCUUGAGUGUGCCAAAGCUGGAGCUGAUGUGGUCGAUGCUGCAGUUGAUAGCAUGAGUGGAAUGACUUCUCAGCCUUCAAUGGGAGCUAUUGUAGCUAGUCUUCAAGGAACUAAACAUGAUACUGGUCUUUCUCUUGAUGACAUUUCAAAAUAUUCUGCAUACUGGGAGUCAACUCGUCAACUCUAUGCUCCAUUCGAAUGUGCCACCACCAUGAAAAGUGGAAAUGCCGAUGUUUACAAGCACGAAAUUCCAGGAGGACAGUACACGAACUUGCAAUUCCAAGCAUUCUCUCUCGGACUUGGGCCACAGUUCGAUGAAGUCAAGCGUAUGUAUCGUGAAGCUAAUCUUGUUCUUGGCGACAUAAUUAAAGUUACGCCAUCAUCCAAGAUUGUCGGUGACUUGGCUCAGUUUAUGGUGCAAAACAACUUGACUCGCGAAACUCUUGUCGACCGUGCCGAUGAUCUAUCCUUCCCAAAAAGUGUCGUUGAUUUCAUGCAAGGAAAUGUCGGACAACCUCCAUAUGGAUUCCCUGAGCCAUUGAGAACUAAAGUCCUUCGUGGAAAGCCAAAAGUCGAUGGAAGGCCAGGAGAAAAUGCUAAGCCAGUUGAUCUAGAUGCUGUGAAGGUCGAACUUGAAGAGAAACAUGGACGUACUUUGUCUGAAGAAGAUGUGAUGUCAUAUUCGAUGUUCCCAACGGUUUUCGAUGAGUUUGAGACUUUCCGUCAACAAUAUGGACCAGUUGAUAAGCUGCCAACGAGACUCUUCUUGACUGGAUUGGAGAUUGCGGAAGAAGUUGAUGUUGAAAUCGAGAGUGGAAAAACUCUUGCAAUUCAAUUGCUCGCUGAAGGAAAACUAAACAAGCGUGGAGAACGCGAAGUCUUCUUUGAUCUCAAUGGACAAAUGAGAAGUAUCUUCGUGGUUGACAAGGAAGCUUCCAAGGAAAUUGUAACUCGCCCAAGAGCUCUCCCAGGUGUCCGUGGACAUAUUGGAGCACCAAUGCCAGGAGAUGUUUUGGAGCUGAAAAUCAAGGAAGGCGACAAGGUUACCAAGAAGCAACCCCUAUUUGUGCUUUCCGCCAUGAAAAUGGAGAUGGUCAUCGACUCUCCAAUUGCUGGAACCGUCAAGGCUAUCCAUGCACCACAAGGAACCAAAUGUAGUGCCGGAGACUUGGUAGUUGAAGUUGAACCAUGAACUGACAUCAAUAAACUCGCAUUUUGUCUCUUUUUUUGUUAAUUCCAUUCACCAUCACAAAUUCCGCCACAUCGAAAUUAUAUUUGGCGUUGUGCUAUAUAGAAUGAUUAGCCACCACCUUCUCUUUGCCAUUCGAACCAUCUCAAUGUGUAUAUUCUGUGUAUUGCCUCCCCAAAAUUUUCUAAACGUCUUCAUUGCCAGUAAUUUUUCGUUUUCCCUCCACUUUUGCAUUUAUAUUGUUUUCUUAGAAAAAGUAUUUAUUGCAUCGGGUGCUCAUUGUCUUUGUGUAGAAUAUAAACUCGUUCACUUCUCUCUCAAUUUUAUCACUGAAACUCACCGAAGAGCAA